UUAAAGAUAUGGAACCUAUUGAUUUAAAUGAACAUCCUUUGUUCAAAAUGGGACCUAUGGUUGAAGUAUUCAGCUACUUCGGAUACCUCCAUGAAGCCAUCCAUCUUGGCCUCCUCCUCAACAGACAAACCAACUGCAACACUGCCAAGUGGAUCAACGGCCUUGCCCAGAAAUGCUCCAAAGUCACCAUCUAUCUCAGACCUGGUGACUCAGCCAGACUCACAGGCUUGAAAGACCAUGUCCGAGACCUUGCGUUCUACCAGCUCGACGUCGAACUUAGAUACAGAGCUGAAGCCUCUGCUUUUGCCGAAGUCUGAGAAGCUGUUCUGGACUCCAUUGAGAAGCCCAAACAAGCCGACCCAGACGACAUCGUUACAGGCCUCCGUCCGAAGUGAUGUUUGAACAUUUCAAGGAUCCACUGAGCCACUUUGAAAGCAGAUCAGAAACUCGUCGGGUGAUUGCAAGCACUGUGACCCCAAAUAUUUGAAGACCAACACACAGUUGUGAGGCUGCCCAUUGUGGUCGACAUUACACAUGCUGGAGCCGACGAAGUUGACGACAUGCUGAGCACAAUGACUGAGCACUCGCUGAAAUAUCACUUUGACUUCAACGUGUUGUACUUGAAGUCUGACGAAUGCAUCGACAUGCACACACUCAGUCAGCAGCCAAGCAUCACAGACCACGUGGCUUGCUUAGACUUGAUGGCGCUGCCUAAGUCUGACUCGUUCGUCAGUGUGAUGGCCAGCUCGAAGCCUGACUUCGGAGCACUCACAUUGCUCAGUGUGCAGCACGACUUCGACAUGCUUGGACUGCUCAUUGGCGAUCUUAUCACAAUAUCGGAUAGUGUUGGAGCCGAGUGGUGUCCUCGGCUCAGGAGUAUCGUUGCCAUGAACUCGCAGCACAACUUUGUGACUCAGUGAGAUCAGCAGCACAAACUGUAUUCGACAGCUGGGCGCCAUGCAGGCACCAUAUUCACUGGGGACCCUACCGACUCGUUCGAGUUCACUGUGGCACACUCUCUGGCAUUGUGUGUUGAUGGCAAGCACUUCAGCGUGAGUCUGGGGCCAGAAGCCAGGGUUGCAGGCACCCAAUUACUUGGACUUACCAGUCAGUUUGUGUUUGUGAAAGCUGACGGCAUGUUUGAGUACACCAGAGGCUCAUCGAUUUGAGAAGUUGAAGGGCCUGCAGGUUCGAUUGAGAGUGAAUGAGACUACAUUCAGAUACCGCUUAUGAACUUAUGAGAGACAGUGUUUAAGAACAACUCAGGAGAGAACACCAAUCUAGAAGUGUAUGCUACUCUGCUAUUAAAGCUUAAUGAAGUUAACCCAGCUUGUUAUAACAGUCUGAGCUUAGAGAGAUUCAUGCCACAAAAAUUAUUCAGUCAGCUUAUGAAUUUGCAAUGCAUUACUGGCUAUUAUUGUAAUCAGGAUUUUGCCAAUAGUGUAGCUCCAGAUAAUACAAAAUAUAUCAGAAAAAUAACAGCAGACAUGUCUCUUGACUCAUUAGCUGACUUCUCCAAACUAAUCAAUGGUGCUAAGAUAUUUGAAGUCUUCGAUGGAGCAUUCCGAUUGGAAAAGCAGAACCCAGAUGACGAAACCGAGCUGCUUAGCCUGUUUAGCCGAGCCACUAAGUCUCCUCCAAAAUCCUCCUUCCACUCAAUGUUUUCAUAUGUCAUGCCUAAGAUCUUGGGACCUCCAGAAUCCACCGACUCAAGCCUCAGAUACAUAAACCUCUUCACUUGGGCGAGGCGUACAAGACGAGACUUAAAAAAACUGAAAUCCAAAAUCUACGAAGUCCAGGACUCGAACAAGGCGCUGACCUACUUCAGCUUUACCUUUUUCCUCCCUAAGUUCUGCAGCAAAGACCCUGAAAGAAUUGUGGAUCCUCCCGAAUGGUACCAGCGAAGAGAAAUAAGUCUCUAA